AUGCGCUGGAAGAGCGGAGGAAGAGCCGAGCGCUGCGCCGCGGGCGCGGAGCCACGCGGACCGGCCUCGCCGCGCGCGGACGGGAGCCCAGUCACCCCCCCGUCCAACCCUGACCUGGAGCUGAAGCUGGACCUGGAGCUGAACCUGGACCUGGAGCUGAAGCUGAACCUGGACCUGGAGCUGAAGCUGAACCUGGACCUGGAGCUGCGAGGGGGACGGAGAGCGUCUGAGCGCGUCCGCUCCCCGCAGGUCCGCUCCGCGCAGGGCGCCCCGGAGGAGGUGCUGGAGGAGGACUCGUGCUCUCGGGGCUCCUGCUCCCCGCCGCUGCUCGGCAAAACGCUGUGCGCACGCUGCAACGAGGGGAUCGUGGAUAAAUACCUGCUGAAGGUGAACGACCUGUGCUGGCAUGUGCGUUGUCUGUCCUGCAGCGUGUGCCAGGCUUCACUUGGCAGCCACACGAGUUGUUACAUCAAAGAACAAGAGGUUUUCUGCAAGCUGGAUUACUUCAGAAGAUACGGCACGUGGUGCGCUUGCUGCGGCCGGAACAUCCACUCCACGGACUGGGUGCGGCGGGCCAAGGGCAACGUGUACCACCUGGCCUGCUUCGCCUGCUUCUCCUGCAAGAGGCAGCUGUCCACCGGGGAGGAGUUCGCCCUGGUGGAGGAGAAGGUGCUCUGCCGCGUGCACUACGACUGCAUGCUGGAAAACCUCAAACGCGCCAUGGAGAAAGGGAGCAGUGUAAACGUGGAGGGAGCGCUGCCCACCGAGCAGGAGAUCAACCAGCCCAAACCCUCCAAGAGAGCCCGGACCAGUUUCACCGCGGACCAGCUGCAGGUGAUGCAGGCCCAGUUUGCCCAGGACAACAACCCAGAUGCCCAGACGCUGCAGAAACUGGCAGAGCAGACGGGCCUCAGCAGGAGAGUCAUACAGGUUUGGUUUCAGAACUGCAGGGCACGUCACAAGAAACACGUGAGUCCCAGUCACACCUCCAGCACCUCCAUGGGCCCCAUGCAGCCCGGCGGACUCCCCCAGCCCACCCCGACCCCCGAGGAGCUGCAGUACACAGCGUACGGCGGGCAGGACGGCUCCAUGGUCUCCACACUACACUCGUUCAUAGACGUCCACUCCCCUCCGUCCAUGCUGUUCCAGCCACUGCUGCCCCCCCACGCCAUGACCUCCCUGCCCGUGUCCCACGCCUGAGCUCAGCACGCCAACGCCGCAACACGCCAAGAGCCACACAGACACGGACACACACGUGCUGAGCGCAGCACUCUCUCCAUUACACACACACACACACACACACACACAACAUGAAGAGCGCAGGUAUCUCUGACUCACAUUCACACACACGAAAUGCAGCUCUUUCAUUCUUUCUCUUCAUCUCAGACACCCUGAAUGCACCCCAAUCCCCUUUUCUCUCGGACACACACACACAAACACACACACACUGGAAUUCUCUCACACUCAGACACACAUGCGCGCAAACACACUGGAACUCUCUCUCUCUCUCACACACACACACACACACACACACACACACACACACACGCUGGAACUCUC